GUUGAACCAACCAGCAUAUACGACCACCAUGGCAGCAUCGUACAAGGUCGAGACGACGUCGUCGACGUUGCCAUUUUUGUCCAAGGAUACCAAGCAUUUGAUCAGCGGUGGCGUUGCUGGGUGCGCCUCGCGCACGGCGGUGGCUCCGUUGGAGCGCCUGAAGAUCUUGUACCAAGUGCAGGACGUGAUGAAGCGGGGCGGUGAACCAAAGCAGUACACGAGCAUGGCGCAGUCCCUUCGCAAGAUCAUGGUCGAAGAAGGGUGGCGUGGGAUGUUCAAGGGCAACGGUGCCAACUGCGUCCGCGUGUUUCCGUACACAGCCAUUCAAUUUGCCGCGUUUGAAAAACUCCGACCAGUGCUGGCCGAGGCAGGCACGACGGACCUCAGCCCAGUGCGCAAGCUCAUUGCAGGCUCGAUUGCUGGCGUCGUCUCGGUUGCAGUGACGUAUCCGCUCGAUUUUAUCCGGGCACGCAUCACGGUUCAAGGCAAUUUGACAUCGCAGCAGUACAACGGCAUCUUUCACGCAUUACAAGUGACGGUGCAGCAAGAGGGUAUCAAGGGGCUCUACCGUGGCAUGUCGCCCACUAUCGUUGGCAUCGCGCCGUACGUUGGCCUCAACUUUAUGGUGUUUGAGAGCUUGCGCCAGAACGCUCCGAAAGAUGAAUUUGGCCGGCAGGACAUGCUGUACUUAUUGGGGUGUGGGGCCAUCGCUGGGGCGUGCGGCCAGUCGGCUGCGUACCCGUUUGACUUGAUGCGCCGUCGGUUCCAACUCAACACGUUGAGUGAGAAGCAAUACACCGGCACGUGGGACGCCGUCCGCUCCAUUUACCAGACCGAAGGGAUCGUCGGGUUCUACAAGGGCCUUGUCCCCAACUCGGUCAAGGUCAUUCCAUCGAUUGCCGUCAUGUUCGUCACGAACGAAGCGAUGAAGCGGUGCCUUCUCGACUAGAUAAAUGAGGUCAUCACUGGUGCCACCGGCUCGACGUGCUUCACGGCCGAGGAUUUCGACAACAUGUCAACCGAUGCAAUCCAGCGUUCUUCUUGACGUCGUGGCGGCUUCCUCGACAUGUGGAGCAUCACGGUUGAAAUUUUUUUGUUGGUGCGCACAACUCAUCCAUCGCUGAACCGAC